GCGCGUAGGCCGGGAGAGGGCUGCGGCUGCCCGCGCUGGGCUCUCUGGGGGCGCGCCCUGGCCGCACGUCCACCAGCGGCUCCCGGCGGUCCGGGUCCUUGCCCUUGAACUCUCCUCCCCUUGCCACGAUCGAGUAUUUCGCUGUCUUCCCCGGGGCCCGGGAGGAUUCCAAGAUGGCAACUCCAGAGGGACAGGGCCAAGAGUCUGGGGCGUACCCCGAGCCAGCCAUCGAAGCACAGCCACAUCUGCCCACAGGCAAGGAACUGGGAGAAGCAAGCCGUUUCGCUUAUACUGCUCUCUGCGGGAUGUCCCUGGCCUGGCUCUUUCCAGAACCCGAACAAAGCUCCUUUCGGACAGAAUUUGUGGAAAGCCUAGUGAAAUGGCUAGAGUUACCAGAAACAGUCCUCCCUUCCAUGGUGGCCUUUGCCGAUGGCCUGGGAGGAGAAGAGGAAGCGACAUUUGCUGAGAUUUUAUUGAAGGAUCCAGUUCUGAAGAAUGAUCCAAUGGUGAUUAUUCAGGAUCUUCUGGCCUUCUCUCUCUGGAAUGGCUGCUAUGAUGCUCGGGCCAGGGUCCUUGUGUGCCACGUCACCUGGCUGCUGAAAAUACCCCCAGAGGAGCUGGAGAACCUGGAGGAGAUGUUUCUGGAGAGCCUGAAGGAAAGACAGGAAGAAGAGUCGGAAGCUGCUGAAGCUUCAAGAAAAAAGAGAGAAAAUCGGAAGAAAUGGAAGCGUUAUCUCCUGAUCGGCCUGGCCACUGUUGGAGGCGGGACAGCAAUAGGGCUGACAGGUGGCCUGGCUGCCCCUUUCAUGGCUGCGGGAGCGGCCGCCAUCAUCGGCACCACGGGGGCAGCUGCUCUGGGCUCCGUGGCAGGGAUUGCCGUCAUAACCUCCCUGUUCGGAGCAGCAGGAGCCGGUCUGACAGGCUACAAGAUGAAGAAACGAGUGGGAGCCAUAGAAGAAUUUGAAUUCUUACCCUUAACUUAUGGGAAACAGCUUCACAUAACUAUUGCUAUUACUGGCUGGCUCUGUUCCGGGAAAUACGGAAUGUUCACUACACCUUGGGCCAGCAUGGCCCGGAGCAGCGAGCAGUACUGCCUGGCCUGGGAAUCUAAGUACCUGAUGGAGCUUGGCAGCGCCCUGGAGACCCUGCUCAACGGCCUUGUGAAUAUGAUGGCUCAGGAAGCCCUGAAAUACACAAUCUUGUCUGGUAUCUUGACAGCAUUGACUUGGCCAUCAUCCCUUCUUGCUGUGGCCAACGUCAUUGACAACCCCUGGGGGGUAUGCCUUCGCCGGUCCGCAGAGGUUGGCAAGCACCUGGCCCACGUGCUCCUCAGCCGGCAGCAGGGCAGACGACCAGUCACUUUGAUUGGCUUCAGCCUGGGAGCAAGAGUCAUUUACUUCUGUUUGCAAGAGAUGGCCCAGGAGAAAGAUUGCCAAGGGAUCAUUGAGGACGUCGUCCUUCUGGGAGCACCGGUGGAGGGGGAAGCCAAGUACUGGAAGCCUUUCACAAAGGUGGUGUCUGGGAAGAUCAUCAAUGGCUACUCCAGGGGAGACUGGCUGCUGAGUUUUGUGUACCGGACAUCUUCUGUGCAGCUGAAAGUGGCUGGGCUGCAGCCUGUCAACUUAGAUGACAGGAGGAUGGUCAACAUGGACUUGUCUUCAGUGGUCAGUGGCCACCUGGACUACAUGAAGAAAAUGGACACCAUCCUGAAGGCUGUGGGGAUUCGCACCAGAGAAGACGUUUCAGGAGACAAGAUUUUCUCCAUCGCUCCCAGCCUCCAGGGAAGAGAGGAGCUACAGCCGGAAACCUCAGAGCCUUCAAAAGAGAAGGCAGCCAGAGACCCCGGCUGCCAGGCCCAGGACCCCAUCCCCAGCCAUGGGCACGUCCAGGACAGUGGAGUGAUGGACCAGCCCAGGGGCUCCCCCGAGCCUGGACCCUGCCAGGCCCAGAGCCUGGAUGAGGUCGGCCAUGUAAACCGCCCCACUGUCUGCAGCCACAUCCUAGGCCCAAACCCACUGGGCUGCCCGGACUGUGCCAACAACAAUGAGGCUGGCAGCCCUGAGUUCGACUGAUCCGAGGAGAAUGGAAGAGACAGCAUCCCCCGGUACCCUCCUCUCGUCCCUCCCCCUACCCUCUGCCCGCUGGCAGAGCGGGGAAGGGAUUGAUAUCUGCUCCCAGGUGUUGGGUAUUCUGGGGCUAGAUCUUGGGAAAGCAAAAGGAGGUUCUCAAGGAACUGGAAGGUGAGGGGCUCAAAGAAAUGAGAGCUUGUCAUAGGCUCGGCUUCAGAGAGCUUUUUAUGGGUCAACUAAUCAGACAUUUGUAAGACUGUUAAGCCAAUCAGACAUUUCUCAUACGUCUUGCCAAUAUCAGAUGGAGGGUCCAACUGAGAAAAGUGAAGGCGAUCCAGGGUCAGGGUGGAUAUAGGGAGAGACUAGGCCUGUACCUCUGUUGAGCCAUUUCUGCUUCUCUCAUUCUAUCUCCUCUGUCUGUUCUUGGACAGGGCAGUGCUUAGGGAUCUGGAGAUGAAUCCUUGGGGCAGGAAACAUUUAAACAAGGAAAGGGCAAUCACAGAAAACCCCCUAGUGUUGUUUGAAAACUGAUGGUUAGAGAGAGUCCAACACUGUCUAUAUACACGGUAAGUGGGGACAAGGGAUACCAGGCAAGGAGCUCCUGGAGCAGGGAUGGAGGGAAUACGACCUCCUCUAUUCUCAGGCCACUCCUCCCUCACCGAGUGUGCUCGGAACCUCCCUGGUACCUCUUGACAUCCCUGGGAGGGAGAGAGGAAGUCAGAGAUGUCUCUGAACCAAACCCAAUGAGACACUGAGGUCCAGAAGCCAAUGGGCAACUAGGUGGAAGAGGAAGUGAGAAAGAGGGAAGGAGCUGGGUCUCGGCCUAGUCUGCCCUUCUUUCUUGGGGGCAGCUGUGGUUAGGAGGCAAAUAAUAAACUGAAUGGCUGAAAAGUUGAA